UGUUGGAAAGUUAGGCUGCAUUCGUCAAAGGUGCCAGUGUGGGUUGUGUGAGUUUGUUACUCCUAAGAAGAUGGGUCUGAAGAAAGCCUGGCUCUUAUUGCUGCUUAUAGGCUUGGUGCAUCUUGCUAUAGUGGCCAGUGAUCAAGAAGAAAAAGAAACUGAAAUAAAAGAAGAAAUUGGCGAUGAUGAUGACGACGAUGAGGACGAUGAUGACGAAGAUGAUAGUGAAGUAAAGGAUGAGAAUGGUGUUUUGGUGCUGACAGAUAAAAACUUUGACACCUUUAUAGCUGAUAAAGACACUGUGCUGCUGGAAUUUUAUGCACCUUGGUGUGGACAUUGUAAACAGUUUGUCCCAGAAUAUGAAAAAAUUGCAAAGACAUUAAAGGAAAAUGAUCCACCAAUCCCAGUUGCUAAAAUUGAUGCUACAAAAGAAACAACUGUUGCUAGUAAAUAUGAAAUUAGUGGAUACCCUACAAUCAAGAUCCUCAAAAAAGGACAGCCAGUUGACUAUGAUGGUUCAAGAACUGAAGCAGAAAUUGUGGAAAAAGUAAAGGAAAUCUCCCAUCCUGAUUGGAAACUACCUCCUGAAGCUACUCUGGUGUUGACCAAAGACAACUUUGACGAGGUGGUGAAUAACGCAGACAUCAUAUUGGUUGAGUUUUAUGCACCUUGGUGUGGCCACUGCAAGAAACUUGCACCAGAAUAUGAGAAGGCAGCACAGGAGCUUAGUAAACGCUCUCCACCUAUACCUUUGGCAAAAGUAGAUGCUACAGCAGAAUCAGAGCUUGGGUCUAAGCAUGCAGUAUCCGGUUAUCCCACCCUGAAGAUUUUCCGUAAAGGCAAAGCUUUUGAAUACAAUGGGCCCAGAGAAAGAUACGGUAUUGUUGAUUACAUGAUUGAACAAGCUGGCCCACCUUCUAAACAGAUCCAGGCUGUAAAGCAAGUACAGGAAUUUCUAAGAGAUGGUGAUGAUGUUGUGAUCCUUGCCGUUUUCACAGGAGAGGAAGAUAAAUCAUACCAGUUGUAUCAAGAUGCAGCUAACAACUUGAGAGAGGACUACAAGUUUUACCACACCUUCAGCAGCGAUAUAAUAAACUUCCUGAAAGUCUCGCCAGGCCAGCUUCUUGUCAUGCAGCCUGAAAGGUUCCAAUCCAAACAUGAGCCAAAUAAAUAUAUUUUACAUUUUAAAGAAUCCACAUCUGAAGAUGAUAUCAAGGAGCAUAUUAAAAAACAUACAUUGCCUUUAGUUGGCCAUAGAAAGAGCUCCAAUGAAGCGAAGAGAUACACAAAACGUCCACUUGUAGUAGUGUAUUUCAGUGUGGAUUUCAGCUUUGAUUUCCGUACAGCAACCCAGUACUGGCGAAACAAAGUCUUGGAAGUUGCUAAAGAUUUCCCAGAGUACACCUUUGCCAUCUCCAAUGAGGAAGAUUAUACAUCUGAACUAAAAGAUUUAGGUUUAGAUGAAAGUGGUGAGGAAGUAAAUGCUGCAAUCCUAGAUGCUGGUGGCAAGAAAUAUGCCAAAGAGCCAGAGGAAUUUGAUUCUGGCGAACUCAGAGAUUUUGUGUUGGCUUUCAAAAAAGGAAAACUUUCACCUAUUAUUAAGUCCCAACCAAGUCCCAAGAACAAUAAAGGCCCCGUCAAAGUGGUAGUUGGAAAAACAUUUGAUCAGAUUGUGAUGGAUCCAAAAUCGGAUGUACUCAUAGAGUUCUAUGCCCCAUGGUGUGGACACUGCAAAUCCCUGGAACCAACAUACAAUGACUUAGGCAAAAAAUACAAAUCUGAGGAGAGCAUCAUUAUAGCAAAGAUGGAUGCUACAUCUAAUGACAUCCCCAAUGACAAGUACAAAGUUGAAGGAUUCCCAACCAUUUAUUUUGCACCAAAGAAAGAUAAACAAAAUCCUAUCAAAUUUGAAGGGGGUAACAGAGAUUUAGAAGGAUUGAGCAAAUUUAUUGAAGAACAUGCCACAAAACUUAAACGAAAAGAAGAACUUUAAUAGGGAGGGGGUAAUGCGUUUUUUUUUAUUAUUUUUUUUAAUAUUUUGUUAACUUACAUUUGCAAUUAGGAGAUUACUGGGUCCAAUGUUGUGGGACAAACCAUGAUGAAAAUGAGCACUUUAUAAGUGAGCUUUAGUUAAUGGGAUUCAAAUGUUACUGCUUGUUUUUGAUGUGUGAUCUGUGAAUUUAUCCAAACUUUGAUCUGUUGGGAAAAAAAUACAUUUUUAUAGGUAUUUUGUUGUUUUUUUGUAUCACUUCUAUUUCUGUUUGAGUUUUUUGGUAAAAAGGAAAAUUAAAAACAAAAAAGGAAACUA